AUGGCCAAGUGGUGGCGCGGCCUCAAGACGGCAAUCCAAUCCCCACAACCGGCAUUAUCACCACUGCAAGCAUUUCAUUCCCAAUCUUCACGUUUCCACACAAUCCAAGCAAUACCUCGAGAGGUUGCAGGCAGCAGAGUCUCAGCUAGAGACAGAGAGCAAGGUAGAAUCCCUGCUGUGGUUUUCGCUCAAAGUCUUCUCGAUAAAACCCCAUCAAACCGAUUUACCUCAAGAAAGAGAUUAUUGACUACUGAGAAAGAACAGAUUCAAGCUAUUCUUGAGUCCGUAGACCUCCCUUUCUUUUGCUCCACUACUUUCCCUCUUCAGAUCCGAGCUGGGCCUGGGUCCUCGGUUUUGCUUGAAUCCGGAACUGUAUUACCCAUUAAGAUACAUAGGGAUGAAAAGACAGGGAAGAUAUUGAAUUUGGUGUUUGCUUGGGCUGAUGAUGGAACGGAAAUGAAAGUUGACGUGCCUGUUGUUCUCAAAGGAGAAGAAAAUUGUCCCGGUCUUAAGAAAGGGGGCCAUUUGAAGAUGAUCAGAAGUACUCUAAAAUAUCUUUGCCCAGCUGAACACAUUCCUCAAAAAAUUGAGGUAGAUAUAAGCAACCUAGAUAUUGAAGAUAGAGUGUUCAUGCAUGAUAUUGAGGUUCAUCCAUCUUUGAAGCUUUUGAGCAAGAAUGAGACAAUGCCUAUAUGUAAGAUUGCGGUAACAAAUUUGGAUAGCCCAGAACCUGCAUCAAUGAAUUUGGAAAGCCAGGAACCUGCAGAGGUAUAG